UGUGUUCGCGAUGUCUGAUACGCGUGAUGUUCCGUCCUUACCCCCUGGCUUUUGGCCAGGGUGGAGGAGAGCGAGGGCAUGAACCUGUCCGCAGCAUCGAGCAUCGAGUAGGAGGAGAAGGGACGAAGGAGGACGGCGAGGAAGGGGGAGGAGAGGUGGACUGCACCUCGGCGCGUUGCGGCGGCCGCGACCACGACCCCGCCAGGCCGACAGUCCAGCCUGCCGCCCGGCUUCGCGCGCACGUUGGCGCGACGAGGCGCGCGCGCCCGCGAGAGGGAGAGACACAGAGACAGAGACAAAGAGAAACAGAGAGACAGAGAGAGAGAGAGAGAGACAGAGACAGAGACAGAGAGAGACAGAGAGCUCCCGCGACGAGAGGGCGUCAACCAUGCUUGGCGGUGCCCGGAAAGGGCGAUGUGGGGAGCGCGAAGGGGCUGGCCUUCUGUGAAGGCCGCCCCCCCGCCCGCGCCGCCCCCUCGUGCGCGCGGCCGGCGUGCACGCACAGCGGAGGCCCGGCCACAAGAACACUGCCACUAACGGAAGCCCAGACCUGAGACCCCGGGAGGUCCAUGGACAGUCGGUGUGGAAACGCCACGCCGCCCACAGCGCGACCACCGCAAGCCCAGAAGCCCAGGGCAGCCUGGAGGCAAGCAGGGUGUUCCUUGGCAUGGUCCUCUGCGGUACGGGCAUCGGGGGUCGAGGAUCGAGGCUGUUGGGUUGAGUGCGCGGUGGCAGGGCGAGCGCCCGAGCGCGCCAGCCGAACAGAGCCCGGCCCGCUGGCGGGCCGCGCGGGGGCGCCGCAGCGCCUCGGCGGAAAGCGGACGACCUGCGUGGAGCCGCUGCUCGCGCAGGGCCCCUGUGCCGCCGGCUGGUGGCGCGGCGCAGGCGGCACCCACUGUGGUGCCCAAGAGGCAGGUUUCCAACACAUCCUGGCAAGCUGGUUAUGCACGGAGGGGGGGGGCGUGGCGAGGCCCAGACGGAAAUCUGGACUUCACGCAAGUCGGGACUCACUUGCACGCCUGUCCGGCCCAGCACCUGCUGGAAAGGCGGCAGAAGGGGGGGAUACCAUGCAAGUGAACUUGCCUGGGUCGACACGAAAUCCGACUCCUGCUGCAACGCCUAACGCGCCUACGAACCGGAGCUCGAAAUGCGAGGUGGAACGGCGACGGGCUCAGCACGGCAGCACCGCCUGGAGCGCGGCCACUCUCUGCAUGGCGUCCAGCCACGUCAGCAUGCCGGCGAGCACGCAGAGGUGCCACAGGUUGUGGCUCUCUCCCCGCGGUAGUCGAACCGCCCCGGCAGCCAGCUCUCCUGCGCAGACGGAGGACGUACACGACGGCCCCGCCCAGGUACGCGAGGAGCACCCCGAGCAGCCGCGGGAGCAUGACCUCCACGAGCGGGCCCGGGGCGACGAGGAGGAAGUGGGCCGCGGGCACGAGCCCGAGCAGCCCGCAGGCGGCGAAACCUUCGCCCGCAGCGAGUCGGGCGCCGAGGACCAGCUCGCCACGGCGGCCAUCACGCAGAUCUCGGCCUCCCCCACUCCCAGGAGGUACACGCUCCGGGCCGCCGGCAUGCACUUGAAUCCCAGGGCGAUGCCCACCGCCAGCGAGGCGCCGAGGAGCAGCACGACCCCUCCCAGGUCGAAUAGAAGCAGCCGUAGCAGACGGCCUCGACGUCGCAGUGGCGGGUAUGGUAGAAGGCAGACCAGAACAGGCAGUUCACCGUGACCAGGGCGAGUCCCACCACCAGCCACCCGUCGAGCCCGUCGGCGCCUAUGCCCCCCUCCUCGGAGCACGGCCCGCAGCCAGGCCGCCACGACGAGGAUGCCCAGCGCGUGGCUCCAGAUGUUCACCGUCUCGUUGUGCAGCGAGGCCGCCGACCGGAGGCAGGGCAGGCAGCCCUCGGUGUCCAGGCGGUACCCCCCGAGGAUGAAGGCCUCCUCUGGUACUCGGGCACGUCCUCCCACGAUCCCAGCGCUGGCCCCCUCAGCCAGCCCGCGCUCCGGCCGAGCAGCGGCGCACCGCAGCCGUCACCGCAGCCGGCAGCGUGCUCGGCGGGCGCUGUCGCCCUGUGGCGUCUCUCCCGCGUCUGUGCGUUGGUCAUCGCCAGGCGGGCCCGGGCGCCCGCCGCGCGGAGGCUCCCCGGAAGACCCCCUCGCGCCGUGAAAAGGAGCCU